GAAAGGGAAAAAAAGAAAAGCUUUCAACAUCAAAGUUAAAAAGGCAAAAAGAAAAAGUGAAAAUUAAUAAAAAUGGAGGAAAUUGAUGAAGGUCGACCCACUUGAUCGGCGGUAGAUUUGUGAAGGAGGGAGACGAAAACGAAGGGCCAAUUGGUAUGGGAAUCUCAAAUUUAAUUUGUAUUUUAAACCCUUUUUAAAGAUGAAUCUGGAGAAAUCCUUCUGCAAAUUGCUUCAAUUUGUUGUGGACCAAUUAAUUACCCUGAACCACACGACGUUGAAUCGAAAGAUUUGUCUUAAGAAAUGAGACGAACCCCAACAAACCCUUUUUGCUUCUUCUUCUUCUUCUUCUUCUUCCUUUUUACCUUUUCUUUCUCUCCGUCAUUUUCAACCCAAUCCCCCCAUUUGAUUUACUUUCCCUAAACCCUUUUUAAUUUGUAGCGACAACAAAAAAAACUCUUCCAAACAUAGCUUUAAAUGCGAGUUGGUUGAUCCCUUUCUUCUUCUUCUUAAGCGCUAAGUUUUUCCCUUUUCUUUGAAAACCCAUUUUAGAUUCUCCAUUUUGGACCAACCCUUUUCAUUUCCAUGGAUUUCAUAGCGAACCCAUUUCGCUUUUCUUCAUCUUCCUCCCCUUCCUUUGGGAAUCUCUUUGAGAGAGUUAGAGAAAUUUGUUGCUAUGCGGUUUCUGCGAUUCUUGGCAAUAUCUUGUCUGCGAUCUUCACUUUCUUCUUCGCCCUAGUUGGGACUUUGCUUGGAGCCAUGACCGGAGCAUUGAUUGGCCAAGAAACUGAAAGUGGGUUUGUUAGAGGAGCUGCUGUUGGGGCAAUUUCUGGAGCUGUUUUCUCUAUUGAAGUCUUUGAAUCUUCUUUGGUUCUUUGGCAAUCAGACGAAUCGGGGAUUGGGUGUCUUCUUUAUCUGAUUGAUGUCAUUGCAAGCCUCCUCAGCGGUCGUCUAGUUCGGGAGCGCAUCGGUCCGGCCAUAUUGAGUGCAGUUCAAAGUCAGAUGGGUGCUACAGAGACAAGCUUCGACGACAUCCCAAACAUCUUCGACACCAGCAGUGCAAAAGGAUUGCCUGGGGAUUCAGUCGAGAAAAUCCCCAAGAUCGUAGUAUCUAAGAACAAUAGUGUAGAUGCUUAUGGCGAAAGAGUCUGUUGUUCUGUUUGCCUUCAGGACUUUCAGCUUGGAGAGACUGUAAGAAGCUUACCAUAUUGCCAUCACAUGUUCCAUUUGCCUUGCAUUGAUAAAUGGCUUCUUACCCAUGGCUCUUGCCCUUUAUGCAGAAGAGAUCUGUAAUAUUUUUCCACUCACCACUGUCUUAACUUGCCCUUGUAAAUUAAAAGAAAAUUUCCUUAUUUUUCGCUACAACUUGAGUUAGAUCAUUGCUUCAGUCAUGUUCGAACAGGGGCAUUUGGAACAUACUGUGACGAUCGAUCACCACCGAUGUAUAAAAAUUUUGAGUAAUUACUAUAGCUUUAUAUUGCUCUUGUGAAUAAAACUAUACUAUCUUCUCUUUUUUCUUA